AUGUUGAGAACAAGCACACUUAAAAUGGCAGCACAACAAAGCCGUCGUACCCUCCACAUCAGUCGAUCUUUGCUCGCCGAGAAAAGUGCUUCUUCCACUUUCAAUGCACAAACCAUGGCACAACAAUUCAACUUGACACCUAGUGUAUUGACUCAGGCUUUGACACACAAAUCCUUCAAACAUGGCAAGGUUCCUUCAAAUGAACGCCUUCAAUUUGUCGGUCAUCGUUCUCUCGAAUUUUUUGCUAUGGAAGCUAAUAUGGAAAAGACAAAGAGUGUUGGAGAUUUAAAGAAGGCUGUCAGCGGUGUGUUUGGGCCUGCUCAUUUGGCUUCCAAGUUUGAUGCUUUAGGUUUAGAGGCUGGUGUGCAAUGUCAUUUGCCACAAGACACCAUCUCUACUGCCGUCAAAUCACAGACUGUCCUGGCUCUUGUUGGCGCUGUAUAUCAUGAACGUGGAUUGAACGCUGCAAAAGAAUUUGUAAAGAAAAAUGUAUUAUAA